UCUUCUCAGAAUCUCCACUGAAGACAGACCUUGACAGCACUCGCUUCAAUCAGUAUCAGUUCGUCCUUCAGCGACCAAACCCUCAGAAAUCAAUAAUCAUGAAGUGCAUCGCAGCUGUAGUCAUGAUGGCUUUGGCCGUUGUUGCUGAGGCAAACACCGUCGCUUAUUCCGUCCCGCUGGCCUACUCGGCUCCCCACACCACCGUUGUCCAGCAGAACGUGGCCCCACGGUACGUCGCUUCGGUUCCGGUGACCUACGCCGCCGCUCCAGUUGCCUACUCUGCCUACUCCGGAUACACCGCCCCAGUGGCCACGACCUACGUCCAGAACGCCGUCGUUCCUCAGUAUGCCGCUCCGGUGGCCUACGCUGCUGCCCCAGUUGCCACAGUUGUUGCCCAGCCCGCCGUGGCCGUGUACGCCCAGAAGGAAGCUCGCUAUGUGGCCGCCAACCGUGGAGCCGUCCAUGAUGCCCCACUCGCCGGACAUGCUGUGUCCCAGCAGUCGCUGAACCUGGAACCAGCUGCCGGAACCGUUUAAAUUUUUUGUUGCUAGCAAAAAACUGAUUCGGACCCUGAUACUGAUCCCAAUGCAAUUAAAUGUUGUGUUGCAAUUUAGUGAUUUAGUUUAAGAAACAUGUCAAGUCGAAUAAAUGCUGUUUGUUUGUAAUUUAAAA